CGCAGGCAGAGACACUCGUCUACCGGAUAGCACGAUACAACUAGCGACAAGUCUAAAGGUCAAACGAUAUGGUCUAUAAACCAUUCAAACCUCCUUUGAUAAGGAAGCCUGUCCAGGAAUCGAGCGCAAAGUCAAACCUCCCCACUGAUACACAGGAUAGCCAUGGCCCGCCAGCUAAGAAACCGCGUCUGCACCAAGACCGUACCGUGGACAGCACAGAUUUAUCAACAACAAGUGAUAGGAAGCCUUUGGCUCAGGUGAGCAAUUUAGGUGAAUCAGCAGGUGGUAAAGUCAAGGAUGAUGUGUCAACGGGGGAGAGGUACUUUAAUGCUUUGUGGAGAAAACCAACCACGAAGAAGAACAAGACAUGGGAUGGUGAUGGUAUUCUCUCAGUCCGUAAUGGCUUUGCCUACUUACGGGACAUCUCAGGUAAAGACAUGGGCCGGACGAUGUACACUUCUCACCCUGAGCCCGGGACGAUGCUAUCGAUCGGAGGCAAAGAAGUCGAGAUCGAUUCAGAAAUUCCCAGGAAAGAAUAUCUCUCUGGGAAACAGUUCUUAGAAAUGAAACCUAGCCCAGCUUCUCCGGUAGCGCCACCGAAGAAAAGGUCUGUGCCUGUGUUGGGAAAUAAAUCGAGUACAUCUAUCGAGAGUCAAAGCGAGAAGGGACGAACGCAGACAAUCCCUAAUCCUGCAUCAAGAAAGUCGAGUUCUAUAUCUGGUGCAUACAAAAGUCCCCUUUUGGAAAGCACUGUGACCCCGCAGGCAUCAGCCGAGGAGCCUAUUCCUCGCCAUGACCCCAAACAGCCUGGUGCACUAGUGAUGAAGCGGCCAGUAUCCGCUCCUACAGGGAAAAGGAUUGUCGAUGUCGUGGUUGACCCCAUUCUAGCCAAACACUUACGGCCGCAUCAGCGUGAGGGAGUCAAGUUCCUUUAUGAAUGUGUUAUGGGGAUGAGAUCAUUUAAUGGCCAAGGAGCCAUUUUAGCGGAUGAUAUGGGUCUUGGUAAAACGUUGCAGACAAUCACCCUACUAUGGACCUUACUAAAACAAAAUCCGAUAUAUGACAACCCUCCUGAAGUUAGAAAGGCACUUAUUGUAUGCCCCGUGACUUUGAUUAACAACUGGAAGAAAGAGUUUCGCAAAUGGCUUGGAAAUGAACGGAUUGGUGUAUUUGUCUUUGAUGACAAGCGGAAGCGACUGACGGAUUUUACAAAGGGUAGGGCCUACAAUAUCAUGAUUGUCGGUUAUGAAAAACUACGAACAGUGCAAGAGGGGCUAGCAAGAGGGGCUGGAGUCGACAUUAUCAUCGCAGACGAGGGUCAUAGACUCAAGACUCUUCAGAAUAAAAGUGGACAGGCGAUCCAGUCGUUGAACGCUUCUAAAAGAGUGAUUCUUUCAGGUACUCCCAUUCAAAAUGACCUGAAGGAGUUCUUUGCAGCGGUGGACUUGGUUAACCCGGGUGUGCUGGGAACCUUUAAGGCAUUUGUGCGCGAAUUUGAGGGUCCUAUCGUGAGAAGUCGACAACCAGAAGCCACAAAGAGAGAAAUAGAGAAGGGGGAAGCUAGAAAUGAAGAACUCCGGGAGCUUACCUCUCAAUUCAUGCUACGACGAACAGCAGACAUUCUGGCAAACUACCUUCCGCCAAAAUCAGAAUACGUACUCUUCUGCGAUCCGACUCCCACUCAAGCGAACAUAUACCAAAACGUGCUCGCUUCGCCCGUUUUUCAAUGUGCCGUCGGCAAUACAGAGAAUGCUCUGCAGCUCAUUACCAUCUUGAAGAAGCUCUGCAACAGUCCCUCAUUGCUCUCCCCAAGAAAUGCAGACGAAAAGCCCGGUGAAACCAUUGCUGCUCUAUUGUCCUCUCUACCCCCGAACCUACAACGACACUUUUCGCCAUCCUCUAGCGCUAAGAUACGAGUACUAGACCAACUACUUCAUACACUACACACCUCAACUUCGGAGAAAGUUGUUCUGGUCUCAAAUUACACAUCCACCCUAAAUCUAUUAGCCACGCUUCUAACAUCAUUAUCACUCCCAUUCUUACGGCUGGACGGCUCAACUCCCGCACAAAAGCGUCAAUCCCUAGUCGAAGACUUCAACCGCUUCCCAGCGGACCGCUGCUUCGCAUUUCUGCUAUCCGCCAAGGCAGGAGGCACCGGGCUGAACCUGAUAGGCGCCAGCCGCCUAAUCUUAUUCGACGUGGACUGGAAUCCAGCCACCGAUGUCCAAGCAAUGGCCCGAAUCCAUCGCGAUGGCCAGAAACGACAUUGUCGUAUAUACCGCAUUCUGCUGAAAGGCAGCUUGGAAGAGAAAAUCUGGCAGCGCCAAGUGACCAAGAUCGGACUCGCAGAUAGCGUCAUGGAAAAUAAGAAUAACGCCUCCCAGUUCUCCAGAGAUGAGCUGAAAGACCUCUUCCGGUUAGAUCAGAAGAGCAAAUGUCAAACGCACGAGCUUCUAGGCUGCGAUUGCGGAGGUAGAGGACAGAAUGUCUCAACUCCCGGCUCACCGAAAAAUGGAGACGGCGAAGAAGACGUCUCAGAUUCGAACCACUCAGAAGCAGAAGAGGACGAUUUUCCAGACCUGCCAACCCUCAUUAAGGCUUCCCAACUGGACAUGGAGAAACAAGAGCGACUGAUUAGGACAAAGCGUGCGGCACGCACCGGUCGUAGAUCGUCCGAAAGCUCCGGUGGUACUAAACCUGCUAAACAAAAGAACAAGAUGCAGCAAUCGCUGUCUCAGUACUCUCAUAUCGACCCCAGUCAUCUCUCAACUGCAGGCGAUGAAACAGAAGACAUCCAACAAGCUAUUGAUGACGGUGUACUUCUUUCUUUGCUGAAAGAUGAUGAUAAUAGAAUUGGUUUUAUUUUUAAGAAGUCCAGCGCGGCAGAGGCAAAGGAUACGAAGUCGUCAGUACCCGUUGUUUUGUCGGACUGAGGAUAGAAUAUCCUUGGUUUGAUGAUCAUUUACUUGUAUAUGCUACUACUUGCAUUGGGGGCUCAUAUGGAUAAUCAGUCUUAUCACAUAUAUAAAAACUUAUGGUUCCAAUCACAAGACUAUAGUUUGCACAAGGAAUACAAAGAUAGUACCAUGACGCGGCUCGGGAAUAUUCACAGAUGAUAUUAUCUUAGGACAAUAACCGACGGAAGAGUACAACGCACAAUCAUUUCUUGCCUCGUAAACACACAUACAUACAUACAUGCAAUGAC